AUGGUCGACAGACUGCUCAGCGCGCCUCCGGAAACGAUACCAAAGAUACGAAGACUGCGAGUCGUCGGCGACCCCCUCCAACUCGCGCGCUACAGCGAAGAGGAUUACGCAGAGGGGGGCGUAUUCGAAUCCCACCCAAGCAGCGUGUUCUAUCAGCUGCCCUCGGUGCUCAAAAUCCUCCCGGGCCUGAAACUCGACACCCUCACCGUACUCGGGCCGCGCUCACCGGCGAUCAGCUACUGCACCUUGACAGGUCUCAUAACGGAGAGCGAUGGGUGGAGAGAGCUUCGAUUUAUCACGCACAGCUCGUCGCUACUCGGUUUCAACAGGCCAUUCGCCACGGACAUGGUACAUCCCCAUUCCAGGCAGUUGCAAGGCCACACGUAUAUGGUCUUUCCGAACGAUUGGGAAUAUGUAGCCGAUUACUACACGCGCAGGCCUCAACCGAUUACGUGGCGAGCCAUGCUGAGGCUCCGGGACGGCGAGUCGACCAAUCCGGAAGUCGAUGUCUAUCGUUCCGUCAUUGCCGAAAGCCCUGGCUCCGUCACGGAUCCCAGCAAGAGGGUUCGAUUCGAGCAAGAAGACCAACCGGCCGUGAUCUUCCCAGAAGGAUUCAUAGAAGCAUAUGGAGGAGACGUCAAUGAUGUCCCAGAACAGGUCCUUGAUUCGCUUCCUGGGUUUGGAAGACGCUCUGACAAGGAUUUGGUAGGAGAAGGAGAGAAGAGGAAGGAGAUGAUGGUGGUCGUCAGGAGAGGAACCGGCGUGGACUACGAAGAGAAGAAAGACUCCCCGUUCAUCGACAGUGACAUCCGUCGUGACUGUGGGGGGAAGAGCUGGGAGCAAAUACGCCGAGAGCGCGUCGAAGAGCCAGCCGCCAAUCUGCAUCGUUACAGGCGGUCAAUGUACCAGAAUAACUAUGGGUACAAAGAUUCUGGGGCGAGGGAUGUUGCCGAGCCCGUGGUGGGGAGCGAAGUCGACGCAUAUGAUGACGCCGAAGGGAUCGUCUGGCCUCCGAGACACUUCGACGCGCCACCGAGGAUGCGUCCAUGGCAAAUUGAUGAAUUAGGACCAGACCCAGUUGGAUUUAAUCCUCCGUCGCUAGAGAAGGACGAAAAGUGGUAA